GAUUUAAGUAAUAACAAUGUUUGAUAAACUGUUUGAUAAUAUAUGUAACACAAAAUUAUGGGACCCGGAGCUUAUGUGGAACACUACUACACCGCGGAUGAGUACAUGUAUGGCCGACACUCUAUGCGUAUGGCUUCCGGCCGCUUGUCUAACAAUAUGUCUGACCAACAUAUUUAUCGAUAUAUAUCGUUCGGUGAGACCAACAAUUUCCAACAACUACUACAAUUGUACACGACUGGCCAUUAGCUGCUUGUUGACUAUGGUAACGGUUGGCAAUCUAGCAUUUAGUCUGUACAGGCGCUACUACGAUCAUCAUCAUCAAUGGCCAGCAGACACAAGUAGUCCAUCAACAGUUGCCUACAUUAUCCGGACAGUCAUAGAAAUGUCUAUACGACUAACACUGACACUAGUUGUCUAUUUGUAUCGGUUGUACGGUAUACACAACUGUAGCGGUUGUCUAUGGUUUUAUCUGUUAGCCGACACAGUGGCCGGCGGUCUAGCCGUUUGGGCAUAUGUUAGGACACCGGCAACUGUUGAACUAAUAUUUAUUUCUAUAGAAUUUUCAUUGACUAUACUAUUGCUAGUGUUUUGUUCAUUUGCCGACCGUUUGCCGACACAAACAACAACAACCAACUGUCCAAAAGACAGGGCAUCGUAUCCAUCGUUACUGACAUUCAGUUGGGUCGACCGUCUACUGUGGACUGGUUGGCGAAAGCCGCUAACAUUGGCCAAUCUUUGGCCGCUACGAUCCGACGACAGUGUCGACACUUUGAUGGCCAACUUUCGUAGAUAUUAUAAAACUGGUGGACAGAAAACUGGAUGGUUGUCCACUAAACUAUCAAAAUGGACAAACUUGGGCUACAUUUAUCGUAAAUGGUUUAAAACAGAUAACGUAGAGUUAGUUAACAAUAUUGAUGAUGAAGACGACGACAACGAGUCAACUGUUCCACAGUUAACACCACCACUAACACCAGCGCCCAGUAAUGUCUUUACAGCUAUUGUUAAAACUUUUUGGUGGACUUAUUUAACGCCUACACUGAUCUAUGUAGUACUGGAUGCGGCAGUCAUUGUCAGCGCAUACCUACUUAAAUUUUUGAUUGAGUUUACCAUCAAUGAUGAGCCCCAAUGGCACGGGUAUGUCUACGCCACUACUCUAUUGGCACUCAAUAUGAUCGUUGCAUUUGCUUUUUCAACAAAUAUACAAAAAAUGCAAGUUUUAGGACAGCGUAUAAAAACAUUGCUAACGGCGCUCGUCUAUCGCAAGGCACUGGUGUUAAGUAAUAGCGCCAAAAAUCAGGAGUCAAAUACUGGACAGAUAGUCAAUCUUAUGGCCGUUGAUUGUCAUCGAUUUAUUGGAUUGUUACCGAAAAUAAAUUUUCUUUGGACAGCAAUGGGACAGAUAGUUUUGGCACUGUAUCUGCUAUACAAUGAAUUAGGUGUCUCAACGUUUGCCGGACUGGCCGUUAUGCUAGCGAUUAUGUUAGUCAAUGCUUUUGUGGCCAAAAUCAAUGACAAUAUUACUGGCAAACAAAUGUCGCUCAAAGAUCAAAGACAAUUGAUUAGCAAUGAUGUGUUCAAUGGGAUCAAAGUUUUAAAAUUAUACGGAUGGGAAAAGGCUUUCGUCGAUAAGAUAUUGCAAAUACGUAGCAAAGAGUUAAGGUUUUUAAGGACAGCCGGCUUCUGGAGUACGAUAACAGUGCUGACAUCAAACUGUUUGCCAUUUAUGGUAGCGUUGGCCACAUUUGGCACCUAUUUGGCCAUCGGUUCCGAGCCGUUGGACGCCCAAAAAGUGUUUGUUUCGUUGACAUUGUUGGCCAAUGUCGGGGCGCCACUAAUGCAAAUGCCCGACACUAUCAACGAAAUAAUACUCCUAAUAGUUUCGACUAAACGUUUGAACAAAUUUCUGGACUUACCUGAAAUCACUAAUUAUGUAACUCAUGAUAAUGAACUACCAGUGCUUCGUAUUGAAAACGGUUGUUUUACAUGGAAUAGCGGACCAGUAGUUAAUAAUCAUAAAGUUAUUUUGAAAGACAUUAAUCUGAAAAUCAUGGACGGUAUGUUUGUGGCAGUCAUCGGUACAGUUGGUUCGGCAAAAAGUUCGCUACUGGCGGCACUGUUAGGCGAAAUGGACAGACUGUCCGGUAGGGUUAACAUUAGACACGGUAUUAGUGUAGCCUAUGUUCCCCAACAGCCUUGGAUUAUGAAUAUGACACUCAAAGAUAAUAUAUUGUUUGGUAAAGACAUCAAUGAAGAUAUGUAUAAAAUGGUAAUCAAUUCGUGUGCCCUAAGCGAUGAUCUGAGACAACUGUCCGCCGGAGACGAGACAGAGAUCGGCGAAAAAGGUAUUAAUCUGAGCGGAGGUCAGAAACAAAGGGUUAGUUUAGCCCGAGCUGUCUAUAGUGAAGCCGAUCUCUAUCUACUCGAUGACCCACUUUCGGCAGUGGACAGUCAUGUGGGACAACAUAUUAUGCAUGAAGUGCUUCACUCGGAAACCGGUUUAUUGCGAAAUAAGACCCGAAUUAUGGUUACAAAUCAAUUGUUUGUAUUGCCAUUCGUUGAUCAGAUAGUUGUCUUGAAAAAUGGUAAAAUACAGGCAAUCGGUUCCUACGAUCAGUUAAUGAAUGAAAAUAAGGAAUUUAGUCAAAUUUGCAGACAAUAUUCAGGCACUGAUAAUAUGGAUAAUAAAUUUAAUAAUAAUACUAAUAAUACUAAUAAUGACAACAACAACGACAAUAACAACAUUAUAACUGUAUUGUCAUCGGAUGAGGUCAAUGAUAAUCGGCUGAUUGAUGACGAAAAUGUCGAAACCGGACAAAUCAAGCUCAGGAUAUAUCUGAAAUACAUAAAAUCAAUGUCCAUUGUCUGGACAAUUAUGCUAACAAUUAGCUAUGUAUUGGCCAUCGGUAGCGAAUCGGCGGCCACUUUCUGGCUAAGCUUAUGGAGCGACGAUCCGGAUAGCGGUUCAAAAAAAGUCUACUAUUUAGUAGGCUAUGCACUGAUGGGUUCGUCAAAAAUCCUAUUUCUCGGCUUAUCGUGGAUAGGUAUCAUCAGUGUGGGUGUGUUGGCAGCCAAACGACUAUACGAAACACUACUAUCAUCGGUACUACAGUCGCCGAUGAGUUUCUUCGAUACGACACCAUUGGGUCGUAUAGUUAACCGUUUUAGCAAAGAUAUCGACAUUUUGGACACUCAGAUGUCGUCGACAUUAAAUUUAUGGUUAAACUGUUUGCUAACAAUUUUAAACACUGUUAUCGUUAUUAGUCUACAAACACCGUUAUCAUUACCAGCAAUAAUACUAUUGGUUGUCGUCUAUAUGUAUUUUCAAAAAUUUUAUGUAAAAACUUCACGACAGUUAAAACGCUUAGAGUUGACCACCCGAUCGCCAAUUUAUAUACAUUUUAGCGAAACACUAUCUGGUGUGUCGACAAUACGGGCUUAUGGAUGUCAGGAUAGGUUUAUUAGGGAAUCGGAUCGCAGAAUAGAGAUUAAUCAACAGUGUCUGUAUCCGAGUGCCGGUGCAUUGGGUUGGGUAUUGUUAAGACUAGAAUUGUUAUCGAAUAUGAUUACCUAUUCGGCCGCCCUGUUUGCCGUACUGGCCAAAGGGCGGAUCAGUGCCGGUUCGGUUGGCCUAUCGCUUAACUAUGCGGUCAAUAUUUCCGGUUCGAUGGACGACUUUGUCCGCUUGUCGGCCGUAAUGGAAAACAAUAUGGUUUCUGUUGAACGAGUGGACGAGUAUUCUGAAAUGAAACCCGAAACCGAUUGGCAUUCAACUAACCGAACAGUUGUAUCAGAUAAAUGGCCGGCAAUGGGUUGUAUAGAGUUUGUCGACUACAGUACCCGAUAUCGUCAGGGUUUGGAUUUAGUGCUCAAAGAUAUUAACAUCAAAAUCAAUGCCAAAGAAAAAAUCGGAAUCGUUGGCCGCACGGGAUCGGGAAAGUCGUCACUGAGUUUAGGAUUAUUUCGUAUAAUAGAGUCAGUCGUCGGCAAAAUAGUGAUCGACGGCAUAGAUAUCAGUGAAUUGGCACUACAUGAUUUGCGCUCAGGUCUAACAAUUAUACCACAGGAUCCGGUACUGUUUGCCGGCACUGUUCGCUCAAAUUUAGAUCCAUUUGAUCGGCACUCGGACUCCGAGUUGUGGACAGCCUUAGAGCGAUCACAUCUCAAACAUUAUGUUUUGUCCAACGAAUCGGGACUCGACUUUCCAGUCAAUGAGGGCGGAGAUAAUCUCAGUGUAGGUCAAAGACAACUUAUAUGUCUGGCCCGGGCUUUACUAAGACACACAACUGUCCUCAUACUUGAUGAGGCAACGGCUGCCAUUGAUGUCGAAACCGAUGCACUCAUACAGACAACUAUUAGGUCAGAGUUUGCCAACUGUACUGUACUAACCAUUGCUCACAGACUAAACACUAUACUUGAUUCCGAUCGUGUGUUAGUCCUAUCCGAUGGACGGGCAGUUGAGUUUGAUUCGCCCUUAAUAUUGCUUUCAGAUAGUAAUUCAUUGUUUUAUUUAUUAGCAAAAAAUGCUGGUAUUGUUUGAAUUUUAAUUAUCAUAAUUUUUUUAACUAAAA